AUGGCGGAUCUUGUGCGAAUCGCUGUUGUGGGCGAUGUGCAUGGCGAUUGGGAUGCCACAGCUGACAGGAGAGCCUUGCAACACCUCAAUCCGGAUAUCGUCUUAUUCACGGGGGAUUUUGGCGACGAGGACGUGCAAAUCGUGAGAGAAGUGGCCAAGCUUGACAUGAGCAAGGCCGUGAUCCUUGGAAACCAUGACUGCUGCCGGAGUGCUCUCGGCGGUAAUAUCGACUUGCUCUACGAGAAGCUUACAACCAGCUAUCUGGAGCGUCUAGUUGGAUAUCUCGUUUCUUUUUUCAAGAGACCAUCCAAGCCUGCUGUAGAGCAGCAAAUCCAGAUGCUUGGAGACUCGUUUGUAGGAUUCAAGCGUGUGGAUUAUCGUCACUUAAAACUUAGUGUCGUUGGAGCGAGGCCAUUUGCAAUGGGAGGUGAUGGAGUUUACGGCAAAACUCUCCUUUCUCCGUUAUUUGGCAUUUCGGAUCUGAAAGGUAGUGCCGAGAAGAUCAAAGAGCUCAUCCUCGAUGCUCCCAAAGAUCACAGUGUAGUGAUACUCGCACACAAUGGACCGACUGGAUUGGGCUCAGAAAGUCAUGAUAUUUGUGGUAAAGAUUUUAGUGGACGCGGUGGAGACAAUGGGGAUCCUGACUUGGCCGAGGCUAUAAAACUUUGCGAAGAAGAGUGCGAGAUACCUUUGGUGGUGUUUGGUCAUAUGCACAGAAACGAGGGGCGCAAGAUGGUCGCGGCGCUCAAUCGCAAGGUUUUUGUGAAUGGUGCCGUGGUUCCCAGGCGAGAAGGAUUGAAUCGACAGUUUACCAUGGUAGAGCUGCGAGAUCACGAAGUUAAAAGGGUCACGGAGACGUGGGUGAAAGUCGCUGCUGGAGAUGUUUGCAUUGCCAGUGAGAAAGAUCUCUUUCAACUGUAGAAACUGUUGUUCAAAGCUUCGCUGUGUAAAAAAACGUUUCGCUUCAGCUAUGGAGCUCGAGCUUCUA